GCUCCUUUGCGUUAGUCAAGGGAACUGCAGAGCGAUUUCACCUAUAUUUCUGUAUAGAGCAUUUUCGUUCGUUUAAGUAUUUUAUCGUUUGUGCGUUCCCGACUAAACACAUAUGUUAUGGCUUUAAUAGGACGUUGCAACGGUUAUUUUGGGAUGGGUUGCGCAGACCUUAUAUUAUAGCUUGCUCUGUGUGGACAUCACCGCCACCGUGGAAGAAAACGGCAGCUCAUGGCACCAGGCCUACACAAACUCGGGCUCCAGCCCCCUCCCAGCACCACCCGAACACUUGUGCAAGGCCUGCGGAGGCCAGUUUGACACUGUAAGAACGCAUGUCUGCGUGGACUGCAAAAACAGCUUCUGCAGCCGCUGCUCGGUGCAGGUGGACCUCCGGCCGAGGAUGUGCCACACCUGUCAGCGGCUCCACUGCACCUUCUUUGAACGGGCAGAGCUGAUGAGGCUGAAGGUGAAGGACCUCCGUGACUAUCUCCACCUGCACGAAAUCCCCACGCAGAUGUGCCGAGAGAAGGAGGAGCUGGUGGAGCUGGUGCUGGCUCAACAAACUCCCAGCGACAGCGCCUCUGCGCGUCCUCUGCCUUCCCAUCGUCUCGCAGAAUCGGAAGCCCUCACGGAGGAGGAGGAUGACGAGGAUGAGGACGAAGAGGGUGAGGAGGAGGAGGAGGAGGAGGAGGAGGAGGAAGAAGAAGAUGGAGAAAGAGAUGGAGAAGGAGAAGAUGAAGGGGGCGAAGAAGAUGAUGAGGAUGAUGAGGAAGAGUCCACGGACAGCGAGGAGACGCUGGUGCACAGCAGAAGAGCCUCUCUGUCUGACCUGAGCAGGGUGGAGGACAUCGAAGGCCUCAGCGUGCGGCAGCUGAAGGAGAUUCUGGCGCGUAACUUUGUGAACUACCAGGGCUGCUGUGAGAAAUGGGAACUAAUGGAGAAGGUCACCCACCUCUUCAAUGACCAGAAAGACCUUCACAACCUUGUUUCAAAUACAAAAACAGAAGCAGCUGAUCCUGCUGAACCCAGCGGCCAGGAGGAGAACCUGUGCAAGAUCUGCAUGGACUCCCCCAUUGACUGCGUUCUGCUGGAGUGCGGGCACAUGGUCACAUGCAGCAAGUGCGGGAAACGCAUGAACGAGUGUCCCAUCUGCCGACAGUACGUGGUUCGAGCCGUGCACGUCUUCAGAUCGUGAAAUUCGGGUGCAAAGACACAGACUGUCCCCUGCAGGUUGUUGCUUUUUCACACGUUGAGCAACAUUUUCUCACAUUUUUUGAUAAUGCUCCAUUUUGCUGCUUUGUUUAUAAGUUUACAUGAUUUAAAUGUGCACUUAUUUGUUUUUUCGUCACAACGGUGUGGCUUCGAAGUUGUGUAAUUUAUUUGUUGACUUUUGCACUUUUUAAAUUAUUACGAUUUUUCUUUAUGUCCAUCCUACAGCGUUUGCAUUGCUGAUAGUAAGUAAUAAGCUAACAAGAUUUAAUGAAAAAAGUUGCAUCGGUAAUGGAUGUUUAUUAGAGGUUAAGACAUCAAGAAGUGUGUCUGUCUGUAUAAAGAACGCUUUUAAAUGGGUGGAAAACACUUGUAAAUGUCUGGGAUGUGAAAACAGGGUAUGGUUGACUUGACUUUUUAUUUGGAGCACUGAUUUUCAUGUUGUUUCUGUGUUUAAGUCUGUACAGUAGUUCACCAUUGCAGUUAAAUCGCCACUGUAAUGUGACCACUUCAGGGGUCAAUACACUCUUGGUUAAAGAAAUGCUUUACCCAAAAAUGAAACUUUUGCUCACCCUUAGGCCAUUUCAAGAUGCGGGUGAGUUUGUUUCUUCAUCAGAAGAACUGAUUUGGAGAUAUUAGAUCACUUGCUCACCAAUGGAUCCUCCGCAGUGGAUGGGUGCCGCCAGAAUGAGAGUCCGAAAGUCACAAUAAAAGUCAUCCAUGCAACCCCAGUCCGUCAAUUAACAUUUUGUAAAAUCCUCCACAUUUGUUAGUAACGAAUCUUUAAUGUUUUAAACGGCUUCUCACUAAAAAAUAAACUUACCACUAAAAAAAAGUAGAUCAAGCACCAUUUAUAAGCAAAAUCAGUCCAAAGUUGUAAUCAAAUAUGUGAGUUGAUUUUGAUGUGAGAGGACAGCAGAGGAUGGACUUGAGGAAGUGUUGUUAUGGAUUAAGAUCACGAAUUUGAUGAAACAAAUUCAUUUACAUCUUGCAUGGCCUGAGGAUAAAUGCAUUUUUAGCAAAUUUUCAUUUCUGGGUAAACUAUUCCUUUAAGUUAUUGCGCUCUCUACCAGUAUUGGUACUUGUUUAUAGUGAGUAGGUGCUAUUUUCCAGGCUCUGUGCACUUAGAAAUCACAAACCAUCUCAUGCUUUGGUCUCGAAUCUGUAUCUUAGGCAGAACCAGUACUUCCAAACUGCCAAGAAAGCUUUUCUGGCUUGACUUUUGCUUCAGUACAUUCUUUUCUUUCUUACACUGGUGGCUAGUGUUCCACCGUUACUAGUAUUACUAACAAGUCAGUGUUAGUCACAAGGUGCUCAUUACUGCCUACAUUUAUUGUUGUAUGAUAAAGUGUGUUAACCUAAUAAAACGUUUUCAUGGCGUGAUAAAGCCAACCAUAACUGUACGUUCUUGAAAUCUCUCAUUUUUAAACUUGAACGCUCACACUUGUGGAGAUGCGAUGUUUAAACUAUUCGAAAAGUAUGAUUAAAAUUGCAAGUUUACGAAUGAUUGUGGUUAUAUAGGAACGUUUAAUAUCUUUAUCCGAUGCAUAUCUCCCGAUUCCUUGUUUUCUGGAGAUGAAUGUAGAUGACGCUGAGAUCCAUCUAAAUCAGUUAGCCCAUCUCUAAAACAUCCUUUAAACAAGAUCUGGCUUGUCCUUAUUGGACACUUUUGACAGGAUAUGCAACCUGUACAUAUUCUAUAUUUUGAUAGCUUUGUGUUUUACGUAUUUGCAUCAAUUUAUCAAUCGAGCAUCCACACGAUGAAUCCUAAAAUAUCUUGAUUAAUCACUGUCUUUGUUUCACUGGUCAUUGAAAACGUCUAGUCAGUUCAAACCCAGCAUGAAUAUCCAUAACCUCCCCACGAUAUGUUAAAAAGUUGAUGAUGGACAGGCGAAUAGCAAAAAUAUUAAGCGAUGGGUGUGAAUUUCUGCUCAGUUCUGCGGUGCUUGGAGCUUAAAUAUUGUGCUUUAACGGCUCUAGUUUAAAAAAAAUAAAUGGGCAGAAUAAGAUUUACAUGUUAAGUCGAAAUCCAAGUCAUUUAUGUUAUUUAUGUAAUAGCAAAGGUGCCCAAAUAUGUAUGUGUAUGUGCAAAGUGGAGUGGUUGUGUUGCGGUCUGAAGAUUGAAAUAUCUACAGAAACUGAGUGAAAAUAAACAUGAUUUAAAGCUCGAUUCAAACUUAAAAGUGAAAAAAAGGAAAUAUAGCAUUAUUUGGAAGCUAAAGUGUCUUUGCAAAUAUAUUGUCGUUUAAUGCCGCACUGAGAAAUUGUGUGCAAAGAGGGGAAAAAACAAAAAACAUCGGAUGUGUAUCCAGACGUAUAUAAAAAAAAAAUUAAGAAUAUGAGGGGGAAAAAGAGCUCUGCAUGUAUGAGCAAAGAAAAAGAUUAUUGAAAGGUGCUUAGAAAUGCCUGUAUGAACUUUUCCUGGUUGGAGAGGAGACACUGGAUUCUGUAUUAACUUUUGUGUAUCGUUUUGUAAAUUGUUUGGUUUUGUUUGUUUUUAGAUUCUUUGAGACUGUGAUUUUCUUUUAAGCUGUAUAAAAAUAUAAUCCAAUCAGCUGAUAACUCAAAUAACGCUGUUCCAGAUGUAGUAAACAUUUAUCACAUAGCUAGCAUGUCAGAUUGCCAAUAUUGUCUUUAAUAUGCAGUGAGCCUGAUGUGCUAAAUGCCGUAUUCCUGUAAAACACAACAUUGGAAGGUUUAUAAUUAUUGAUAAAUUUAUAUAUUUUUAAAUUUUGUUACUAUAUAUGGUUGUUCUUGUGCAGAUAUUUGUUUUGUUUUGUUUGUUUUUGUAUCAAUAAACAAACCUACAACAGCUAAAAA